GAGCGCCGAAAGGAGAAAGCAAAUCGCAAGGACUAUUGGCUGUGCCCGGGGAUUGUCGUCAAGAUUGUGACGAAAAAACUGGGCGAGGAUUAUUACAAGGCGAAGGGGACGGUGAGGGAGCUCGUCGAUGACUACACGGCCAAGGUGAAGGUGGAUGACGUCGUUCUAAAGCUGGACCAGGCGCACGUGGAGACGGUGAUUCCGCAAGUGGGCCGUGAGAUGAUGAUCGUCAACGGCGCGUAUCGAGGCUCGAAGGCCACCCUACUCGAAAUCGACCAAGAAGCCUUCGCCGUCCACCUCAAGCUGUCCAGCGGCCUCUGCAAAGGACGCGAGAUCACGGUGCCCUAUGAAGACGCCUCAAAACUCGCCGCC